AUGGAAUCUAUUUCGUCCUGUACUUCCAUAAAAAAUGUUCUUUUACUAGAUAGCGAAGGCAAACGCGUGGCUGUAAAAUAUUACGAUUGUGACAUGGAAUCGACUGUUCAGCAGCUUGCCUUUGAAAGGUCGCUUUAUCAGAAGACAAUUAGAUCUAGUGCACGUAACGAUCCAGAAGUCGUGAUGUUUGAUGGAAAUAUCGUAGUGUAUAAAUUUAUCUCAGAUGUACAUUUCUACGUUACUGCAGAAGAUCAUGAAAAUGAACUCAUUCUAUUGAGCGUACUACAGGGCUUUUUUGAGUCUGUAUCCUUACUUUUAAGAGGAUUGGUAGAGAAAAGAUCCGUUCUGGAAAAUCUAGACUUAGUCCUCCUUGUUCUAGACGAAUUAGUAGAUGGAGGAGUAAUACUCGAGACUGACUCAGGCGUGAUUGCCAAUCGUGUUUCAAUGCGAGGUGCGGAUAGCGAAACUCCUCUCACCGAGCAAUCUUUUGCCCAAGCUAUUGCCUCAGCACGGGAACAAAUUUCGAGAAACCUGUUACGAUGA